CAGAAAAUGCACCGAAUACCAUGCAUUCAUAUUCCAGCUAUACUAUCUGUUGUCUUCCUGCUAAAAAUAUGCCACUUUUUGUGUUUAUGCUUCUAUAUUCUUAUAUUCAGUACUUGCUAAUAAUAAUUUCAAUUGCAUUUUUGACAUUCUUCUUCCAGGAGUGCUCCAAAUGUAGCAAAUUAUGAGGGCAUCAUCUCCCACUUCAGGUCACUCCACACAAUUGAAUAGGAUUUUAAGGGCACAAUGUACAUGCUAAUUCAUGCUAAUUUCAAUGACUUGAUUUUUAAAAUCUUCGCUAUAUUUUUAAAUUGGUCGUGUACAUUUUAAAAUAUUUGUCAUGUGUUGGGAUUGUAAUUAUAAUCAACAAAAUUGCUAACUCAUUAAAUGAGUGGAAUAUUUAAAGUAAGAAGUAUUAGCGUCAGUACUCGUAUUGUGGCAAUACUGGGCCGGAUCGAUCCAAACAUUUCCAGUAUAGCCCCGCCCACCCCAGCAUUUGGUCCUCGUGCGUGCGUAAAUGUGCGUCGCCGUGGCACAGUAGUAAGCCUGACGUCCAAUCACGCGUCCCACAGGCACGAGUGGGCGUGCCUCAGACGCACGAGCACUGAUUUACUCUUGCAUUGUGGCAGAAAGGGCGGGCAGUCCUCCUUUCGGUCGCCACCGUAGAAGAAGAAGAAGAAUAAUAAGAAGAAGUCAGCGUUAAUUGGGGGUUUAGCUGACGUAAGAAGUGGUGUUUUUACGUCAUUGGUGAGCGGAAUUCAACUGCGGCGUGUUCCACUUUGUCCGCCGUCUUCAUGGCUCAACGUGGACCUUCCCGGACUUGCAGCUAACCAAGACUUCAAUUUUUUAAUUUCCUCUUUUUUUUCUUCUUCUGCUGCUUCCUAUGAACUUGGCUGCCCAAGAUGACUGAGAUCAAUGAGAUGGAGAUCGACUCCCAGCUGAGGCUACACACCCAACCACUGCCAUCCAAGCUCCAGAGGCUGAAGCGCUCGCUGUCCUUCAUGCGCAGUAAGAGCGUGGAGAACUUCUUCCAAAGGUCCUACAGCGACGCCCGCCUCCCGCCGGACUUCAUCACGGACCCGCCGCCUCCCUCGCCGCCGCCGCUGCAGCUGAUGCCGGGCUCUCCACUGGUGGGGGGCGAGGAGCGCUCGCCGUCCCGUUCUCCGUCCGUCAGCCCCAACCCUUCCAUCUCGUCCCACUCCCCGUCUCUCAGCUUGUCCCCAUCUCUGUCCUCCAAGCCCGCCCAGGCCCAGAUCACACACUGCUUCCAGGACCACGUUUUUCGCAAGCCCACCAACUGCCAGCUCUGCAAGAACAUGAUCGUAGGAAACUCCAAACAAGCUCUGCGAUGCAAAACGUGCAAGUUGGCGGCUCACCUGUGGUGCACCUCGGAACUUUCACAGCAGCCGUGUUAUGGAAAGUCUGGCGCCUUCAAGCGAAACUUCAGCUCGCCCAUGCUGGUCUCGGACCAACUGGCCGUCGUCAAGGAAGUGCAGCCGAGUCAAGAGGCGGUGCGGGGACGCGUGGAUCCCGUGUACGCCGCCUUACGUUACGGGACGUCGCUGGCGCAGAUGAGCCGCUCCAGUUUCGGCAGCAUGUCGGAGUCGCCGACUCGAAGCCUGGGUGAAGCAGGUGAGGAGGGGCAGGUGAGACAGUGCAGCAUGGAGGAGGAGAUCCCUCAGGAAACGGCAGCUGCAGAUAUGGCUGCCCAGGACGCUGAGUUGGACAAGGAGGAAGAAGAUAGCCAAACCGAAACACCCGCCGAGGUGACCCCCAAACGCAUCGAGGUGCACUCCAUCCACACCUACGUGGCGCUCUACAGGUUUUUGCCUCAGGAACACAACGACCUGGAACUCCAUCCGGGUGAUCGAGUGCAGGUCACUGACGACUCCAACGAGGAGUGGUGGAAGGGCAAGAGCGGCGACAGGGUGGGUUUCUUCCCCGCCAACUUCGUGCAGCGGGUCCGCCCGGGAGAGCGAGUGUGGCGCGUCAUUCAGGGAACAUCCGGCAUCCGCGAGAGAGGACACAUGGCCGUAAAGGAAGCACAGAUCUGCGUGGGCAAGCGAGAAGACGGCGAGAUGUUUGUGAAGCUCAGCAGCGGCAAGAAGAGAGGCCUCGUCCCGGCCGAAUCCAUCGAGGAGAUCUAAGCGUCCCGCGACACAGGCGCAUUCUGAAACUUUGAGCCAUCGUCAUCACCGACUCAGAAGAACUGGACCCAUCUUUGUUGUCUCCUCCUGAUGACGAAGGAGAUAAAGAGUCUCCUCACUGUAAGUCUUGAACUUCUUGGACUCCCCAAAAGCGGCUGGAGGAGUGGACUAAGACUGGAUGUUUACAUUUGGGCUAACAGUUGCCGCUUUAGUUUUAGUCUCCGUCCACCUUGUGUGGGAGGAAUCCGUCAUCUUUCUACACACUUGCUACGUCUCAUCCAGCAUAUCUGUCACGUUAGCAUGUUACCUUAGCAUCAGAAUCAGCAGAAAACACACAAGAAUAUUUGACUUGUGCUCUUAAAUACAUUUACAACCAAGCAAAAUCCAAAAAUGUGAGUAGUGAAUAGCUAGCUAGCUCAGCUUAUGUUUGACCCUAAAAGGCCACCGUACAUCGUACAUAAUCGUAAUGUGUUUUCUAACUGUCACCACUGAUUUGUGUCAAAUCUAUGUUGCGGUAUCGGAAUAAAAGUGCAUAAAAUUUCUCAGGGUUAGAAGCUAAAUCUUAAAAUAAAUGCUACUAAAAUUUCUUCUAAUGCCUACUGUCGCCUGUUGGUAGCGGUCGGGAAUAUCCGAAAGGGAAUUUUAUGCAAUUUUGUGUCGUGUUGUCACUGAGAGGACGGCUGCAAUUAUUAUUUAUAAAAAUCAAUCAGUGAGUCUGCAGCAGAAGACGGUAAAAAAAAAAACACAACCUUGAUGCUUUUGUUGCUGCGCGUGUUAAUAAUAGAGAAUUAAUGCGACUUUUACUCUGCAUAAUUGCUUGUCUCUUGUCGGAGAGUCUAAUUAAAAUGCAAAGUCAUGAUAGAAAUGGGCUUUGAAUGAAGCAGCUUGACGUCACGGAAUCACAGCAGGUGUAUGAAAGCAUCAGGCACGGGCUUUGCCUCCUAUUGGGAGUGAUUACAAAGGACAGACAUAUUUUGGCACGGGACCAAGACGGCGACGGCAAGUGACGUGUGUGUUGAACCAUCACGGUCAGGUCAGUGUGUGUGUGUGUGUGUGUGUGUGUGUGUGGACCCGUGUGGCAUGACUCAUCAUUGAUCCAAAGUCCUGUCCCGCUUCCUGCUUGACUUCCUCCCUCAUCCUUUUUCCUAUUGAUGUGACUCGACGGUGGAGCCAUGCGACUUUCAUGUGUGCGGAACGUCGGCUCAGUCACGCAGAGUGACGCCUCCGCUCAAAGCAAAGAUCCUUUCAUCCAUAGCCGUAGCUUAGCUUUCAGCAGUUGUUCUGUGGCGAGGCCCCGCCCUUUUCUCUCGUUGUUGUAGUCCAGUGAUGAGACGACAAUGUUCGGUCUUUGUUUUUGGCGUAGGUAACACUUUGGUUUCAUAGUAGCAUCUCGCCUUCGGAAGCCAUGUUUGCGACAUGUACUGUAUGUUUUUAUGGCACACUUCAAUAAAACAUCU